AUGGCAUCUAAAAACAGCCAACGGCUGUCAACUCAACAUGAUAUACAAGCAAUCGACAAAUUUGUUGAACAUUUAAAUGGAACAGUAAAUUCAUUAUUCGCUCAGCUUAUAAAUAGCGGCGAUAAUAUAGAUGAAAUCGAUCGUAAAAUGGUUGAUCAUAUUCGUAAACGCAUUUUGACAACUGAUGCAUCAAAAGUUCUUGAUAGUCAUCAAAGAGUUGUUGCUGCGUUGCAGGUAAUAGUCGAUUAUGCUUAUCCUGUAUUACUUCUUCGACAUUCAGCACCUAAUGCAGUGUCUACAUUGAUAUCACUAAUUGACUGGAUGUUUAUUCCUAAACUUGUUGAACGUGAAUGGCUGCCAGAAAUAACUCAGCUCUUUGAUCAAACAGUAGAUUCCUUUUUUGUGAUUCAUAGUUCAAAUCAAGGUAAUGAGCUUGGGGUCAAUCAAAUUUCUGCAAAAAAUGCUUUUGCAUUGCUAUUGAAAAUGCUUAAUUCUGUUUAUGAAACAAAAACUGGUCGAAUUCAUACAAAAAUUAUGAAAAUUGUUCAAGCAUGCUGUCAUAGUAAAUUUGUACGUCGAAGUGAACUUGGAAUUAUAAUGGCAGAAGAUUUCUUUGGGCUUAUUUCAUACAUAUUGUAUGAACCUAUAUUCAUGCCUCCAAAAGAACACAUUACUGGUUCAACAUACAAAUUUUCUUGGUCUGAUUUCCGAUAUGAUGAAGUAGACCUUAAAGACGAGGAGAAGGUAGAGUCAAAACUUCCAGCACGUCUACGACGUUUUGAAUCAAGACUUGUUCUUCCCAUCGUUAUUUGUCUAUUACUUGGCCUCAAGAAUGAUGAACGUAAUGAAGAAAAAAAAAUUACAAAUUACCAUUUUGAAAUCAUUGCUAACCUAAUUCAACAAAUUUCUACCACUCAUCCACAAUAUAUUGAAUGGAAUUUUUUGGUUGAUACAUUGAAAAAAGCAUCCAAUGCUAAUGCUCAUGAAAUUAUAUGUAGUCUAUUAUAUGAUUCGAUGCGUAAUGUAGACGGAUCACGUACAUUGAUUUUUAUUUUCGAAAAAUUGUAUAUAACAAAUUCUCUUCACAAGAUAGAACGAAAUCUUGUAUCAGAUAUGUGGAAAAUGUUUGAUAUUACUUCAAAAUUUGAACAAUAUUUAUUAUCUACCAUAAAAUGCGAAGAUGAUUUGAAACAAAAAACAGAUGUAAUUUGGAAUGCGUUUACACAAUCUGUUGGUGAUAAAUUUCAUGAAUUUGCAUCAAUUAUUGCUCCAAUGUUCGUACAAUGCUUGAUAGUAGGUCAAAAGAAGGGAUUAAAUAUUGAAUGUGGCAUAAAAUUAUCGACUGUAGCAGAAGAAAUGAUUCAUUUUUUUUUUGACAUUCUUCCUACAACUUCAUUCGGACAAACUUUAUCAUGCAUAUUUGCAUUAUUAAAAUUUAUUUUCAAUGAAGAAGAUUGUCAUAAGAUUCUUUUAACAAAUAUUAUUCCACGUAUUCAAACAGAAACAGGUUUUUACUGUCUUGUGCACAGUAAAACAUUUUUGGAUGACUUUCAUAUGGUAUUAGACGCACUUAAAACAUCGAAAUCUAAUGAGACUCUGAAAAAAAUUAUUUCCAUAAUUCUUCACAUAUUAACUGUGAUCAAUGAAAUGAAAUUAACAAAAGAUGAAUAUUUAUCAGUUACAAAAAUUCUUACAGAAUUAUGUGAAGAUAUUGAAUAUGGAAUAUUGACACGAGAAAUAUCAAUGCAAAAUCUUGGUGACUUUUUGCAAAUGCUCAAUCAUGAUGAAAGUUAUAUAAGUACUUGUGCUAUUAAAUUAAUUGCUGCUACAUUUGAUAUGAAACUAAAAGAGCGCGAAUUAUUACUGAAAAAUUAUGGUUUAUCAACACGAAUAAUGAAAACACGUAGUAAAAAAAAUGAUGAUUCAUUAUCAGGAUUACCUCAAUUCUUUUCAGUUGAUGAAAUUAAGAAUAUCAAUGGACUUAGUUUUUCAUCAACACUUGAAAAAGAACAUUUUUCUCAGGUUAAAGAAUUUUUAGAAAAAGAAAUUGACACUACACAUCAUAGUCAAUCAACAUGUGGUUCGGCUCGAAAUCAAUUAUUAAACAACGUUCAGAAUGACGUCACAUCUCAACCAGCGCCUGUAAGCGAUUAUAUACCGAUGGUUAUGACAAAAACAACACGUGAAAAUUUGUUGAUUAUUAUUGAAGCAGCAAAAAAUCCGAUACCACUACUUUUAGAAGGUGCUACUGGUGUAGGAAAAUCAGCCACGAUUACUGAAGCUGCACAUUCAUUCGGUGCAACUUUAGUUCGUUUUAAUCUUUCAUCACGAUCAACAGAAGAUGAUCUUUUUGGAAAAUUGAAUAUAAAUCGUUAUGGUAUAACAAUGAAUUAUCAACCAUUUACAAUUGCAUUUGAAAAAGGUUAUUGGAUUUUGCUUGAUGAAAUUAAUCUUGCACCAUCGCAAACAUUACAAGCAUUGAUUGCUUCCCUUGACACAGGUAAAAUUACUUUAAAAGAUCCAUCACAGACAAAUUCCGUCAAAAUUAUUCAUCGUCAUCCUGAUUUUCGUCUAUUUGCAACACAAAAUCCGAAUUCUGGUUUUUUUAAAGGUAAAAGAGAAGAUUUAUCAUCAUCAUUGCUUUCUCGUUUCGUACCUGUUAUAUUUCGUAAACUGCCUGAUGAUGAAUGGGUUGAUGUAAUUGUCAGUCGAUUAGAAAGUUUAAAACCAUUAGAAACAAAUAAAAGUUUAAGAAAAAUGGCUGAACAAAUAAUUAAAUUUCAUACAACAGUUGAAACUUUAAUUCAAGGUGAUUUAUCAAGUACGCAACGUAAGCAAACAUUUCCAGAAAUUGGACCCUAUGCUGAAAUAUCAAUUCGUGAAUUACUUCGAUUAACAUCACAUAUUACAUUACUAAUGAAAUCGAAGAUUUGGAAACCAAUUGAUACAGAUGAAGGAAAACAAUUACUCUCAAGUGAAAUGUGGACAAUAUAUGGAGCUAGAUUUCGUCGUGAAGGACGACAAGCAAUUUGCGAAACAAAAAAAAAAUGGGCUUUGUUUAUGACCUAUAUCAAAACCGGAGUACUACAUAAUAAAAAUUAUGAAGAGACUUUUGCUGCAUGUGGGAUUGUAUUUUAUGCUUUACGAUUUCGCUUCAAAGAAAUACAAGAAAAUUUUUGUGAAAAAAUUAAUUCAUCUUUUAAGACUAACAUUGAUAUACAAACAGCUAAACAAAAAGUUGGUGAUAUAUCUGCAUUAAUAUCUGCUGCAUCUGUAUUUGUUAUUACACGACGAGUAGAACAAGUUUGGAAACAAAUGGUUUCAGCAUUUAGCGUUAAUGAGCCAAUUUUAAUUGUUGGAGAAGUCGGUUGUGGUAAAAGUGAAACUGUUACCGCUUUGAUGCUCUUAAUUCAAAAAAAAUUAUUUUCAUUAACAUUUUCACCCGAAACAGAUCCAUCAGAUCUUGUUGGACAAUUUAUUCCAGUUGGAAACAAUUCAAGUAAUAACGGCAAUCUUGUCGAUUGGAGUAAUGGUAUUGUAACAGAUGCUAUAAAACAUGAUGCUGGACUUUUACUUGAUAAUUUAAGCGAUGCUGAUUCAUGUGUAUUAGAAAGAUUAAAUUCAUUAUUAGAGCAACCGUCUGUUUGGGUAUUAACUGAAAAAGGUGAUACAGAACCAAUGAAAAUACCAAAAAACUUUAGUAUAAUUGCAACAAUGUCUCCAACAGGUGAUAGCGCAUCAAAAGCAGCAGGCAUUGGUGGUGAACUUUCACCAGCACUUUCAAAUCGUUUUAUAACAAUAUAUAUGCCAUCAUUAAAACAAAUUGAGUCUGAAUCUAUGAAUGAAUCACUUAAUGAAAUAAGUAUGAUUGUUCAAAGAUUGUUAGGAGAUUCUUCUGACAACAUUACCAUAGCUGCUUCAUUAUGGAUGGAACUUCGCAAAGUUGCUGAUCAACAUGGACAGUCACAAAUUUUUAGUUUUCGGACAAUGAUUCGAUUAUUCGAUUGUACAUACAAACUUCGAGCUCAUACACCAGAACUGACUUUAAAGGAUGCUCUUUAUCAUGCAUUUGUUGCUACGAUUCAAGAACAAAUUAAUACAACUAAUCAAUUGCAUAAAAUACUAGAUGAAGUUGUGCAUAAAGAGCUUCAAAUAGCUAGUGACACUGGAACUCAAACAAAACCGAAUUUAUCAAAAUUUUUCAAUAAAAACGAAAGUUCUUCGGAACAUGUCCUAUCAAAUAAUCGUCUUCUUCAUGCAGAAACCUGUGGAAAAUGUAUUAUUAGUAAUUAUCCAGUUCUAUUGGAAGGCCCACCAGCAGUUGGUAAAACAUCACUUAUUGUGCAUUUAGGAAAAAAAUUAAUGGGAACAGGUAUGAGACUUGAACGAGUCAAUAAUUCUAAUACAACAUCUGUUCAAGACUAUAUUGGAUCACUUGUACCGUUUGGAACACAUUUUGAAUUUCAACCUGGCUCUCUUGUACGUGCAAUGAAAGAUGGACAUUGGUUUUUAGCAGAUGAACUUAAUUUAGCUGAUCCAUCUGUAUUAAGUAUUAUUUUAACAGUUCUUGAUCGAGGUGAAAUUCGUAUACCUGGAACUGGUGAAUUUAUUCAAGCUCAUGUACAAUUUCGAUUUUUUGCCACACAAAAUCCAGCUGGAUCUCAAUUUAAAGGUCGUAAUUGUUUACCACCUAUUUUACGUAGUCGAUUUAUAGAAGUACAAGUAGAUGAUUUUACUCAGGAGGAGCUCGUUAAUAUUUUAAAGAAACGUGUUGAAAAACCAUUGAUUGGCAUUCCAAGAUUAAUUUCAAGUAAUGAACUUUCUAUGCAUUCUAAUAUUGCAACUGUCAUGGCAUCUAUGUAUGUUACUCUUCGAAAUAAUCCAAAUCUACACGCAUAA